AUGAGUAUGAUAAGUGACGACAGUGAAACGGAUUUAGAGAAGUGUGUGCAGACGUAUGAAGAGGAGGAAAUAGAAUUGCCAGAGGACAGUUCUGGUGGAAAAUUGACAUACUUCCUUGCUCCAUAUUUCUUCGAGAAAACAUGGAUAUCCAACAUUAUCCUUUCUCUUUUAGGUGCAUAUGCUUCAUCAUGCGCACCGUUGGCGUACUUUUGUCUGCGAGACUUUUAUGAUAAUAAAAUUGAAACAAAACUUUCAGACCUAUUUUCUCCUUUAUGGAUGAUCAUUCAUUAUUUCCUAUGCUUUACUUUUUCUUUUUUGAACUUCAUCUACGAUAGGAAGAAAGUUGAUAUUGAGACAAAAGCGCUCCGAAAGUUAUUGAAGGAAGUGGCUCAGGUGGAUCUAACAGGGGAUCCAGUAGCUUGGCGGAGAAUUGCAUCUAGAGUUAAUCACUUUUCUGAAGAGGGGGGACAUCAUUAUUCCGUUUUUUACAGUGGAGAGCAUUGUAUGCGCUUUUUUGUGAGAGAAAUCGUAAAACCAAUAGAGCGUCAGACCUACGAUAUCCGAUGUUAUUUUGAUGGAGAAAUAUGCAGCAAUUUUUGGAAAAAUCCACCAAAUAAGGUGUUAGCCGAGAGAGCACUUGCGAAUUAUAACAAGAGCUUUGAGAACUUUGGUGGAUUAUCACAUACGGCAGAAAAAGAUGGAUGUAGAGAUGGUAUUUUCGAGAAGUAUCGCAAUAUUUUCAACAUCUCAAUGUUUUACUUCAUGAUAAUAGAAACAGUGUCCUUUGUGGUUAUGAUCAUGGCCUUCAUUAUCUCGAUGAUUUCUUGUGCCAUUUUUAAUUUAUUCGCUACCGCUCAAUAG